UAUACUUUGCUCUUCUUAUAAUUAUUAUUAGCUUAUAAUUACUGUUUAAGAGCCAUCCUUAAAUAUCUUCUUUUUCAGAAUUGCAUUUGCAUGGCCACUAAUUUACAGAAGCGUGGACUGGUAAGCUUGGGGAAACGAUUUCUGAACCAGAUAGCUUAUUCAACUUCUCGAAAUUCUGCCAACUCAUCAUCUACUGCCCAGAUCUCUGGCAGGAGGGUGGUGCACACGUCAGUGUAUGACAAGAAUCCAGAGGAAUAUGUGUCAUCGUGGGUACCUGAUGAAAUAAUCGAGGUAGAAUCAGACAAGUACAAGUACUGGACUCCUCAUCCCCAAACCGGGGUAUUUGGGCCAGCUACUGAUCACAUUAUAAAAUACGGUGAAUAUGGUUCUCAAUUCUCCACUGUAGAUUCUGUGUUGGAACAAAAGACAUUUUUUCGCGAUCUUGAGGAUCUGGAGAAGCCUAGUUAUCCUUAAGUUUCACAACAGAAAAUACUACUAGUAGGGAAGGUGAAAGAGGUGUUUCGUUUGUUGUGUUCUAUGAAUAUGUGAUAUGUUUAGUUAAUUAAUGGAAGUACAAUAUGGAGUAUGUAUAGAAUAAAACUAGCCACUCUACGUGGGCUGCUUUUAAAUGAUCAUAUGGUGCAAUACAUACGAUCAAAUUUCUCUGUAACAUCGUCGCUUGUCCCAAAAAAAAGUUUGAUUGCUAUACCAAAA